AUGCCCUCCUCGUCCCCGUCCUCGUCCUCGUCCUCCGGCGGGACGAGCGCGAAGAGGAGACGGGCGAAGUACGAGCGCAAGUUCCUCCGCGCGGCGGCGAGGGGAAGCCUCCGCGGCUGCAAGAAGGCGCUGAAGCGCGCGUCGUCCCGCGGAUCCGGCGUUGAUGCGGGUUUCUUGGACGUCACCUCCGCGUCGGAUCCCGACGGUCGCACCGCGCUGCACCUCGCGUGCGCGUCCGGCGACGACGACCUCGCGCGAUGGCUCAUCAAGCGCGGCGCGGACGUCACCUCCACGGACGCUCGCGGCGAUACCCCCGCGCACCUCGCCGCUCACCGCGCCCCGGACAACGUCGCCAUCACCAGACGCCUGACUCGCGCCGGGGCGAGCACGCACGCGCGGAACGACGCGGGAGAGACCCCAUCGUCCAUCGCGGAGCGCGCCGCGGAGUCGCGCGCGGCGCGCAUGCGCGAGUUCGACGCGCGGCGCGAGGCCAGGACCCGCCGCGGGCGCGACGCCGACGACUACGAGGGACUCGGGCGCGGUCCAUCGAGAGAGGCGAUCGAGGAGAUGGAGUGGCGCGAAAAGCUCCGCGCCGAAGCCGCGCUGGGCGACGCCAUCGACGAGUUCGGCGGCGGCACCGCCGGGAUUGGAACCGCGGACGAGAUGAACGCGUUCUACGCGUCGUACGUAGACGAUUGGGACGACGGGAGCGCGUACGCGUGGAGGGAGGAGGAGGAGGCGUACGCGGAGUACAUGCGCGCCGGGAUGGCGGCUCGGCGACGGAAACGGCUCGACGAUGAUAACGACGACGACGACCCGAGGAGGAGGAGGAGGGAUUCGGCGGCGGAGGCGCAGGCGCGCGCGACGCGCGAACGCGACGAGGCCGCGCAGCGCGUCCUCGACGAGGAGCGCCGCAAGGACGCGGAGUGGCGCGAGCGGACCGCGCGUAGGGCGACUCAACAGGCGUCGUCCAGCGUCUCAUCAAGCGUCUUCACGGAUUUCGCGACGUACAGGCGGCGAUGGGGGAUCGCGGCGGCGAAGGCGGAUCGCGGCGAGUCGAUCGCCUACGCCGACGUCCCGUGGCCGUUCGAUCCUGAGUCGCGUCGGGGCGAACCCGACGAGCGCGUCGUUCGCGACGUGCUGCUGGGUCCCACCGGUGCGGGCGCCGUCGAGGAAGGUUCGGGUUCGGAUGCCGCCAGGCGAGCGCUUCGAUCGGAGAUGCUUCGGUGGCACCCGGAUAAGUUUUUCGCCUCAAAGGUGGGCUCGCGGGUGGCGUCGGAGGACGUGGAGAGGACGCGGCUCGGGGUGAACGCGGUGGCCGGCGUCAUCGCGUCGCUGUUCAGGCGGUCCGCGGGAUCGUGA